GCCGACAUUCUUGAGUGCAGUGCUGUGAUAGGACAGCAUUGUUCUGUGGACUUCAUGGCAGCCGUGCAGCGUAGGUUGCCCCUGCUGGUACUCGUCAUCGUUGUCUUCAUUUUUGUCGUCUUCCUCCACGUCUGCUUGUCGUGGCGGCCUUGGAAGACGAGUCGCAAGAAGAGGUUGUCCACAAAGACGGCGCACAGUGACAAGAACAUGGCGAACAUGCAUGUAGGCGGCGGGCAGGUGAGAGGUCAGGCCCGUGGUGAGUUGGCGGGGGCUAUUGCCCCGCGGCGCUACGACCCGUCAUUGUACAGGCAUCUUCCAUCGUGGGAGACUCCGCUGCCGCCAUCAGAUGAGGAGGUGGACACCGAGGAACCGGGGACGAUGCCAUUGGCAAGCGGAUCAACCCAGUUGUUGUUCACCCAGACGCUGACAGCUGGCGGGUCGGCAGACAACGAAGGUGGUGAAUUCACUUCCCUUCUGCAUGGAGGAUUGGAUUGCAGCAGUGGCGGAGACGUCGAUCUGAGGUUGUCUUCAUUCUCGUCUGGUGGGGCGAGGGAUGCGAGUCGAACGUUUAUCAUCGAACCACAAUCUUCGCCUCGAUUCCUCCAGCAACCACGAAGCGUGCCACGUGAUGCCGAAAUGAGCAACGACGCCCCGACUAGAGCAUCGUUGCGUGCACAAACCUCCGUGGAGAAUAUUACCAGAGGAGUGUCGAACAUGAGGGCCAACAGCGAUGGCGGCGAGGACAAUGGCGGGUAUGGUGACGAUGCCGACGAAGGGUGCAGGGAGGACUUCGAAGCAGCUGAGGACGACGACGACGAAACGCUAAUUCGGCCUUUGGGGAAAAGUGACGACGCCCCGACUAGAGCAUCGUUGCGUGCACAAACCUCCGUGGAGAAUAUUACCAGAGGAGUGUCGAACAUGAGGGCCAACAGCGAUGGCGGCGAGGACAAUGGCGGGUAUGGUGACGAUGCCGACGAAGGGUGCAGGGAGGACUUCGAAGCAGCUGAGGACGACGACGACGAAACGCUAAUUCGGCCUUUGGGGAAAAGUGGUAGCGGGGGUAGGGGGCGUGGUAGAGCAGGUGGUCCAGGCCGGUCCGCGGGCCGGGGCGGGAGAGGGGGGGGCACCAGCGAGGGGGGGAAAUCGACAUCCUACUGGUCUACGGACGAUGAGCUGGUACUCGUGCGGUGCAAGAGGGAGCAGGAGAUGCACCUUGUAGGGCUAGGACACAACUACGGACGGAUGAGGACGAAAGAGUGGAAGUGGGACGACAUAUCGAAACGAAUGGCGUUGGCGGGGAAGCCUAAGGACACGGAUGACUACAUGAAAAAGUGGGAUAACCUUUUUCAGAACUACAAGAAGAUACUGCGUUUCCACAACAUGAGCGGCGAGGCCGAUUCCUUCCGACUGUCGAAUGAAGAAAGGAAGGAGAGGAACUUCAAAUUUCGAAUGGAUAAGGUAGUGUACAACGAGAUACACGGGAGCAUGCUUGGGAAUCACACGAUUUUCCCGCCGAACAUCGUGGACACCGGUCAUCCGGAAGGCGUGCAGUUGCCCAGACGAGGACCGACCGGCGGGGAGUCCGUGGGUAGUGAGGAUGGUGGUGAUGCGUGCCCUGAAGAACGGUCGUCGACAAGGGACUGUGAUACCAACACAGGCAGCGGGGCAGGAUGUGGUAAGCGGAAGAAUGCGCGGAAGCAGGCGCUGGAGUCCAUCGCUGAUGUGAUGGACCGUCAUGGAGAAUUGAUGUCGUCAACAAUAGACACUUCCAGCAAGCGGCAGUGCAGCAUUCUCACUAGGCAAUGCAAUAUAUUGGAGCAAGAAGUCGCAGUUCAGAAAGCACAUUACACGGCCUCGGAAGAAACGCAGAGGAUGAUAUGCCAUGCUUUGAUGGAGAUUGUUGCCGCCAUACGUGAUCGGCUGGUCGUGUUCACACACACUUUUGCAGAUCUUCUCUCCCUCCUCCUCACUUCUGCAAUGCCUCCAAGGGGAGGAAGCAGUGGACGGACGAGUGGACGGAAAUGUGAAGCCGCGGACGCAGACACGGCGGGUGGGACAGGUGGAGGGUGUCGUUUUCCGAAGCAUAAACGUGCGCGUCAUGACGCAGCUUCGGCGAGUGGGACGCAGUUGGAGGGCGAUGGGUGGGGUGGAGGUAUGGACGGAUAUGAUCACGACGACGUCGCGCGGAAAGACCAUGUCCACUCUGGACCGUUGAGUACUUCGCUCGCCAUGCCUCAAGGGAGAAAUAGCGCAGGCACCGGUCACGCCAGCACUCCGGUCGCACCACGUCAGCAGCAGGCAGGCUCUGGCACGGCCGCACAUGGCGGUGCAGCCGAAGCCGUUGUUGCCGCAAAUGCGGUUCACGUGGGCGCUGCCAAGAUCGCUGUUGCCGUGGACGGCACUGCUGAAGGAUGUGGGGGGGGGAAGGAGCGGAGGGGGGCAAGGGCGAUGACGCGGCUAAAGCUGGAGACAGGGAACUCGGUCGACGGAGGGUGCAUUA